CUGCUGGCUCUUGCCUCUUCACAAUCACUUCACUUCGCCCUGCGGUUUCUUCUUGCUUUACUAGUCCCUUCGAUUUACAUCUGACCUGAAAACCUUUCCGUCUCCUUCUGAUAAACGGAAUCGUACGCGUCUUCAGACCUUCCAUUCGGUUACCUCCAGUCCUCGAGCUCCGAGAAGGCCUUCGAAGCUUCGUUGGACCGUCUCCCGUGUACUCUCUCUCAGAGUCCGAAGUAUCCUUGAAUGAUCAUUCAGAUUAUUGUGUCCUGAGCUGGGUCUUAUCGGCGCGAAGGGACGCAAGUCCAUUGAGAAGAAGUCGGCCCAUUGAACCUCGAGGGCCGUGGCCAUUGUGCCUCCCUCUUCAACUGAUCGACAAUGGGCGUCACAGGGCUUCUUCCACUUCUCAAAUCCAUCCAGAAAUCAACCGAACUCAAGAAAUUCGCUGGGGAGACCCUCGGCGUUGACGCCUAUGGAUGGCUUCAUCGCGGCGCCGUGGCAUGUGCCAUGGAGCUUGCACAAGGCAAACCAACUCGCAAGUAUGUCGACUUCGCCAUGCACCGGGUUCGCAUGCUCCGUCAUUUUGGAGUGACUCCCUAUGUCGUCUUUGACGGCGACUUCCUCCCCAGCAAGUCCAUGACCGAAGGAUCUCGCGCGAAACGGAGGGAAGAAAGCAAGAAACUCGGCAUGGAACUUCUCAAGGCCGGAAAGCCUUCUCAGGCCUACCUCGAAUUCCAAAAGGCCAUCGACGUCACCCCAGAGAUGGCUCGCAACCUCAUCGAUGAGCUCAAGAAACUGCAGAUCCAGUACGUCGUCGCUCCCUAUGAGGCCGAUGCUCAGCUCGUCUAUCUUGAGCGCAAAGGUCUCGUCGGCGGCAUUAUCUCCGAGGACUCGGACUUGCUGGUCUUUGGCUGCAAGCGCCUCUUGACCAAACUCGACCAGUACGGCAACUGCGUUGAGAUCAACCGCCGAGAUUUCUGCGCUUGCCGCGAGAUUUCCCUGACGGGCUGGACCGAUGCCGAUUUCCGCCGCAUGGCAAUUCUGAGUGGUUGCGACUAUCUGGCCGGUAUUAACAAUAUGGGCCUCAAGACUGCCCAUCGGAUGAUUCGCAAGUACAAGACUCCGGAACGCCUCGUUCGCAUGCUUCAGUUCGAGGGCAAGCACCGUAUCCCGGAGGACUACUUGUCUCAGUUCUUCAAGGCGGAACUCACAUUCCUCCACCAGCGCGUCUUUUGUCCCAUCAAGCAGGAGCUGGUGUUCCUGACCGAACCUCAGGAGGGACAAGGCGUGGAGGAUAUGCCGUUCAUCGGGGGGUACGUGGAGCCGACCGUUGCAAGAGCCGUGGCCGAGGGCGACGUGAAUCCUAUGACGAAGCUUCGCAUCACGCCUGCCCCUAUGCCCGAGUCAAAACGUCGCCACUCGCAGUCCGCCGCCCGAGCUUCAGCCCCAACCGCCACAUUCCCUUCUGUCAUCUCCGGUCUCGCGACUGCUCGACCUGGGCCUGGCACUCUGACCAAGUCCAUCGAUUCGUAUUUCAAGGGCCAUCGCCGCAUCCCGAUGGGAGAGAUGGAUCCCAACUGCUUUUCCGUCGACCCACAAAGAGUUGCCGCGCUCACACACAAUGGUCUCGUACCGCGUGUUUUCCCUCUCCCUAGACCUUACGUCGAGGAGCCAAGAUCCGCAACCACCGCGCAGCAGCGGCCCUAUGUGGCCGACGCCUCCACUGCGCCCCAACUUCGUCGCCGCAGCGAACCCAUCGGCAAUCUGCUUGCUCGGGCUACUGGGGCCACCACGUCCUCUAGUCGUCGCCAAACGACGGGUCCACAGUCCAACUCGGCCGCUGAUAUAGAUGCGCUCGUUAUGGGAGCAGCUCAGCGGCCGCCCAAGAAGAUCCGACUGUGCGCCGAUGCUGAUGCCAACGAGCAGACGGAACAGAGGAGCAAGUUCUUCUCGACGCAUAAGAAACGAAUUGCAGAUGCGGAGAAGAAGGACGAGCUUCUUUUCUCGGACGACUCCAUUGAAGAGGCUUUACUUAGCCUUCCUGAUGUUGACAGAUGGCACGAUGUGUCAUCGUCGCGACGAUCCAUCACCGUUUACGAGGAAUCCCCAACUCAGACUACGGGCAAGACCCAUGGUACGGACAGUCAGUCGACUUCCAAGGAUGGCGAGCCGGCCUCGCCUUCGAAUGUUUCCCCGCCGGAACUCCCCGAGACAGACGGGGUCACGUCGGAACCGCCAAGCGCCACGCCCUUGACGUCCUCGCUUUCGCGAUUUGCUUACUCGAAGGGUUGUUCUGUUUCGGUCCAAGACACCCCCUCUUCGGCGGCUUCAUCGCAGUCAUCUAUCUUCACACCGUCAACUUCGGACCCAUCGACAGUGGCAUCGUCCUUCGCUUACUCCACUAUUCGAUCCUCGUCUGCAACGGCCACCAAGAAUCAGCUUCUCACACCUCUGCAGCGCAUCGGAUUCCGAGCCUUGCAGCGGAAGCCGGCAUCUCAUCACAAGGCGAGAUCCCCCAAGGCCAGUCCUAAGAGGCGAGGCAAGCGGGAGAGCCUGGCCUCGCUUCCAGUGAACCCAUCAUUCGUUCCGCUUCCGAAGGUCGACCUGGAUGAAGUCGAGGCUCUCAACAAACCUCUGGGCAGCGAGGAUCACAUGGUUCCCGAUAGUGACGGCGAGAACGACAUGGAUGAAAUUAAGCUCUCGGGCCUCAACGGCGGAUGCGAGUCUCCUCGGACCACCGCCCUGGAUCUCUCUCGCUUCACUUAUUAACUAAACUGUGCGGCGUUUUGUGUCCUGACGGCACUCUCUGUACAUCUGUGGGAAUUAGAUACCCUCUGUUGCAUUUCUACAUCACGACAUGAGUAUCACGGCUUGCAAACUAUUGUGGAGUUUGGCACUGGGAGAGAACAGCUUUCUGCAUCACAUCGGCUGGCUCAGAGUGCGAUGAUCUUCUCCCCAGCUCUUUUCCACAGAAACGCAAGCUAGCAUCAUGCCCGUUCUCUACCUUUUAUCGGCUCUCACCCGAGAAUUCUCCGGAGGAGGAGUUCAGUAACUGGUUGGAGUUCAGGAGAUAAUGGGCGAGAAUAAAUAUUGAUGGCAAGGAUGGAUAGAUUCUGCGCAAGAGAAGCUUGUUUGUUGGUUCGCGACACAGUCAUGUCUCUGGGAUUCGGGACGCGUAGCAUACCCCAAGGCGUUAAGGAUUAGCUAUUGAUAGGCGUAAUACGGACGGCACUCUUUCGUCUC